UACGUUCGUUGUCUUCCACUUAACAGCUGGAACAACAUGGCGGCUCUGCUCACACUCCGAGCACUUUCCAAAAACUGCUCUGUUAGCAGUCGGUUUGGUGCAUUGCGAUUAAAUGGCUUGUACCGUGCACCUGCAGCCCUCUCAGUUGCUGCAACACAGAGAACUUGUCAAGCUGUUGUUCCAUACCAGGCCAAGCACUUCAGUGUUUCCCCCGUGACCAAGGGAGCCCCAGAGAUUGAGCAGGCGGGCCAUGAUCACGUGUUACACUGGACGGCAGAGCGCAUCCUCUCUGUCAUUCUGAUGGGGGCCAUCCCCGUUGCAGCUGUGUGGCCCACUCCCUCGGCAGAGUACUUCCUCGCACUCACUAUGACUGUUCACUCACACUGGGGAAUUGAGGCCAUUGUUGUGGACUAUGUGCGCCCAAGCAUGUUCGGCAAAGUGAUCCCGAAAUUGGCUGUGGGCACAGUCUACGCUCUGUCUUUCUUUACCUUGGGAGGUCUUUGCUACUUCAUCUACACUGACGUUGGAAUCAUCAAUGCUGUAAAGCUGCUGUGGAAGCUGUGAAAGGACAGACCUGCAGCCUUUGGGUAGAGCCUUGCAAAUCACUCUCCAUGUCGGUGAUUGGAAUUUUACGACGGAGAAAUUCUUAAGGGCCGUGCUAUGAGUAUACCAACGUCCAGUCUUUAUAUAAAGUUGCAGCAAUAAUGACAGCUGAAGCAGGCUUAGAGCAAAUCAUUUUUUUUUUAUUUUAUUUUUUAUUUUUUUAUUUUUAGUAGAUGAUGAUUAAUUUUUGUAUGGCUAUUUAAUUAAUGUUACUCCUUAUCAAUACCUUUUAAUGGUUUCUAAUCACAUUUAUUUUUAUGAAUGGUUUAUAGUACAGAUACCUUCAGAUAAUUAUAUUAGGAAGUCGGUUGUCUGUUGAGUAGCAUAUUUAUGUCUCAAUAAAGAAACUUUCCAAGUUCCUUUUGGAUAUCCAUUUAAUGCUAUUUUUGUUCAGUAUUUUGUACAUAAACACUAAGGGAGCAAGCAGGGGGAUGGCGAGUCAAGUGCACAUUUUAUGUAUCAUAAAAUGACAAUGUAUAUAUUAAAGAAUUUGACAAAGUUCACUUUA